UAUUGCCUGCCCUUUGUAUUUUUCUUGUUUAGUUCCAGCUUGUAAGUAUUCAUUCAAAUAAAUAGGAAAUACAAUAACCGAUUUGGUAAUGGCAAAACAGUUAGCCCAUUUCAGUUUAUUAGCCCUUGCUUUCUGUUGUUUGGCCUCUGCCUGCGAACCCAAACCCUUACAAGAUUUCUGUGUAGCUGAUCCAGGUAGCUCAGUUUAUGUAAAUGGCAUGGUGUGCAAGAAUCCAAUGGACGUUCAAGCGAAUGAUUUCUACUUUAGUGGGCUACAACUUAUGGCCAACACAUCGAACCCUUGGGGAUCAAGGGUGACACCAGUGACGGUAGCUCAGUUACCUGGGCUCAACACAUUAGGACUCUCGAUGAUACGCAUUGACUAUGCACCUUGGGGAAUCAACCCUCCUCACACUCACCCACGAGCCACUGAGAUCAUCACCGUAAUAGAAGGCUCCAUAGAGGUUGGUUUUGUUACUUCAGAUCCAGGGAAUCGUCUUAUCACUAAGGUACUAUAUAAGGGUGAUGUGUAUGUCUUCCCAAUAGGACUAGUUCACUUUCAACGUAACGUUGGAAACAACAAUGCGGUGGUGAUUGGUGCAUUAAGUAGUCAAAACCCGGGUGCUAUAACAAUGGGGAAUGCUGUUUUUGGAUCAAACCCACAAAUUUCGGGUGAAUUUCUAGCUAAAUCUUUCCAAGUGGACAAGCAGUUGGUAGAUCAAAUAAAGGCAAAGUUCUAAAACAACCGCCAAAAGAAGAAUCCGAAAAAAAAAAGCUUGUGCAUAACUUGUUUGCAUAUGUGACUUCACAUCUCAUUUUUUGUGUCAGAACUGAAUGUUAAUGUCCGGAUUGUUUAUUUCUUUGUUCAUUUAUUCCAUCUAAAACAGAAGUUUGGUUCUUUUUCUUUAAUCUGAAAAGUUUUUUCCUUGUUUAAGGGUUGCCCCGAGAUGGCAAGCCUUUUUUUGCUCAUUGUAGCGGUCUAACCGAUGACUAUAAUCUAUUGAGAGACACUUCGGUUCA